AUGACCGGUUUCAUCAGAGUCUCCAACAACUCUUCCUUCGCUGUCCGCGUCUUCGUCUCCAAAUACAACGGCGGCAACGACGACUGGUUCACCCUCCAACCCGGUGGUAGCGACAACUGGAGCCGCAAGGGUGGUUGGGAAGUCGUUGUCUUCAGAGAUGGCGACGAUACCAACCGUGUCGGAAGAUAUGUCAGAGCAAAUACUAGUCUCGUGUUCAAUGGGUUCGAUAGUGUUGAAACCGAGUCUAUUUGA